GCGGAGCGGGGCCGGGGGCGGAGCGGGGCCGGGGGCGGAGCGGGGCCGGGCUGCGUCCCGCGGCGUGUUGCUGGAGCGCGGGACGGCCGAGGGUGACAAAACACAGAACCACCUCAGGAUGUCUGUAAUUCAGCAAGGCACGGCAACACUUCGGAAAGCAAAGAAAACCACUGUAAAAACAUGUCUAGAUAACCCCUUUGUUUUCCAAUGGAAAACCAUAGAUGGAGAAGAUAUGCGUUUUAUACUAGAGACCUUAGAAGAAAGGAUUAAACAUAUUGGACUUAAAAAGAUUGAGAGUCCAAGAAAGAAAAAACGUUCCCUUACAAAAAAACAAACAGAAAGAAAGGGCGAUGCUGGCACCAAUGAUUUCCCUAAAGAGGAAGCAGAAAGCCACCAACAAAAACCAGGAUGGACUGACAUAAAUAUCAGAAGACAGCUUGCUAUUGGAGUUAAUGAAGUUACAAAAGCAUUGGAAAAAAAUGAACUUCUUCUCUUGCUGGUGUGCAAGUCUGCCAAGCCCGCCAUGAUCACGUCGCACCUGAUAGAGCUGAGCGCGAGCCGCACCACGCCAGCAGGGCAGGUGCCACGGCUCAGCGAGACCGUCGCGCCCCUUCUUGGCUUAACGUCCACUUUAGCCCUCGGCUUCAAAAAGCACUCUGACAAGUUCACUGAAGCAAUAGCAGCAAUAAUUCCAAAGAUACCGCCUUUGGAAGUGCCAUGGUUUCAGUACAGUACUGAAGAAUCCAUGGCUUACACAGAUACAGAUUCUUCAGAAAAUCUGGAACCCGAAGAGCUUGCAGAGGUGCCGGAGGAUAAGCUCACAAGUCAGAAGCGGAAGCAUACGGAAAGCAAUCAGCCUGAUCUUUCACAUGUAAUUUUGCAGCCUUUGAAAAUCAAGAAAAUUGUCCCAAAUCCCAAUAAGAUAAAGAAACCGCCUCGCAAAAAGAAAAAGGCCUUUUCAGCAUAACUGAGUUUUUUAAAUGCAGGAUGGAGUACAGUUCUAACAGUUCUUUUAGGCUUUACGGUGUAAAGGUCUUGAAUACAAGGUGAACUUCACGUUGCAUUUGGCUGAAGUACUUUCUGCUUUAAUAAAAAAUAUUGCUCAGACUUGAGUGUUAGUUUUUACUGGGACUAAGUAUUUUCAUUUGCAGCUGGAGAUCAGAGUUAAAGUCGAUAAUGAACAUGCCAAAGUAAUUUUGUGACAUAAUUUAUACUUUGAAAUGAAUACAAAGCAUUAAAUGAACUUUGUCUUUUUACACAGAUGAACAUGCCUUAAGCAAGAGAUUUAAGUAUAAUUACUCAAACAAAUAAAUACCAAAAAUGAAAGUUUAUUUAAACAAAGGUCCAUGCCAGUAUAAGUCUUUUAAAGCUGGGUUCAAGUAAAUAGCACAGGCAGACUUCCCUUUUGAACUCUUAUUAUAGUUUUUUCUGCUGAACAACUUGUUUUUGGUCUCAAAUGUAUGCAGGCUUGGGUUCCAACUCAUACCUGGUGCAUGGUAUGCUGAAGGAAAAGCUAUUUCCAAAUACAAAACCAAAUUACUACUGCUGCGGUAUUAAAAAAAAUACUUCUGUAUGCAAACUAUUAUCACAUAUCCUGUGAGAAAAUGGAAACCUAAACUCCAUGAGAUCUCUAAAUGAAAUCAAACAUUAUUUCCCAGGAAAUUGACAUAAGCCAUAUAGUUUUACAUAAAGUAGAUGAGAACUGUUACUGCUACAAGACUGAAAAUAUAUCAUGUAAUUUCUGAGUUUCCUUUAAUUUUACUGGGCACUAUGAACAAUUUCCUAAUGAGGGAGUUGGGUUGUAGGAAUGAAGGGAAAUAGCACUGCAAUUCAGGCAAUCAACAGCCUAGGAAUUUACUUGUAGAAGAAAGCAUAAAAUAUCAUAACUGAGUAACUUUUGUUGUUCUUUAAAAGAUAAAAUUUACAUGUAUUUUUCAGAGAUUUGUUAAUUGAGACUUCCACUGCCAUCCAAUAGCUCAUCUAUAUUUUGAAUUUCUUUAGAUUACUUUAGUUCAUGAUACCAACUACGAAGGCAGGCAGUAGCAAUGAGCAGUGAUUGUAUAGUCUUGAUGCUCCUUCAAGUUUAAACACAGCAUUUAAUGCUACAAUUUUUGUCAAUGUCUGAGGGUGCAGGAGGUGAAAUUUCUUUGCCUUGCUUCAUAGUCCUUAAUACAUGUAAUUUUUUCUGAAUUUCUGAAUGCAUAAAACUUGGAAGGCAUGCUAGCACUAGUGUGUUUCAUUCCCAGGCUGGCUAACCAUAGCAUAAGAGUCGUAGUGUUUAGACAGAGCAGAAGGAUUAGCUUUGGUAAAGAACAUAAGCACAGCAAUCAUCUUUCAAGCACUUCACUGCCUGCCCAGGUCUCUCUCUGUCUUCAGGGAUUUGGGUUCCCUCUGCAAAUAGGAAGUUACUUUGGAAAAGAAAUAAGAGAUGUUUAAAAAGCCAGGUGGGAAAGGUGGUAGAGCAAGCUUUACAUUUGCCAAACCUUUGCAAACACGUAUUAGGUUCUGAGGAGUCUUACCUUCAGAGCAGGACUAAUCCACACAGGUUCAACCUUGGAAACAAGAGAAGGGUCUCUCCCACUGAGCUCCUGACAGUGGCCCCACACAGAUCACACAGAUAUUCACCUUUUGUUUAGUACCUGCUUAGGAAGUCAAAGUGAGUUGCCACAAAUUUCACCUCCGGAGUCUUAUUAUGUGGGUGCAAGCUGGGACACCUUCAAGAUUGGAGUCCUCUUGAUGCUGUGAUACUUCAGCAAAACAGCUGAAGUUUUACAGGGACAGAAGGGACAGAAGAGGUCAUGCUUAACACAAGUCCACGAACAGAACUUUUCAAGAGCUGCCCCAACACUCAAGCUUAGAUGCCUGCUUCCCUUGUGCUCUGGCUGAUAAAUUUUCUCUCUUGGCUACAGUGCUGCACAGCUUCUACAGGAGCAUGUCUCUGCCCCCCAGCCCUCUAGGGAACAUGCAGAGGGAGCCAGGCAAGACAGAAGUUUAUCCCCUGGAUUCAGAAGCAAAUGGCACUAUUUUACUAAAAGAGAGCACAAGACUGGCCACGCUCCUUCCUUCAUGUGCCCUAACCUGAAGAUUUAGGCAGAAGCCAGGCUGCAGGAAACCCACGUUCAAGUCUGUCUUCUACCUGGACAUACUUGGUCUUUAUUGUGGCCUCAGUUUUACAAAGGACAACACUUGGGAGGAUCUGCCUUCUGAUUUCAGAGGAGAAAACACCUGCCUAACAUUUCUUCCACUCACGAUUUUUUGAGGGGAAGGAAGGCAGAGAACAUGAACAUAUCCUUCACCUGGGCUGUGAUCACCUGGACUGUCUCAGCAAGGAAGUACUUUAGCUAUGCCCUGCUGUCCCACCUCACCUCAGACAGCCCUGAGUGAGGACUGCUGAGGCUCUGCCUUCAAGAGCUGAAGCAGAACACACUGAGCUGCUUGGUGAACCUCAUCCCAGUGCGCUCCAUGAAAAUGCCUGCCAAGAAGGCACCUUCUGUCUUCUAGGAGAUAAACACUUAAGUCUUUGAUGGGGUCAAGAUUAAAUCCUUCUUGUUACUUCAGGUAUCACUACCAUCAGUUACAUUUUCAGGCACUUAAUUCUGCUCAGGCCUCACACAGAGUCCAAGCUGUCUCUGCACCACCUGUUUUGACUGCUACUAGUAGGGAGGUAUCAAGAGUGGCCAGAGAUGUUUAAAGCCCAACUGCACCAUGAGAUUUCCUGUGAAGUCCUUUUAAAUUCAUGAGGUCCUGAGCUGGUGCACAACCAGGGGUCAAACAAACCACGUUCAGUCCCUUCCUUUGUUUGAAGGAGGUCGAAUGCUUUAAUCAGCUAUAAUGCAGUAAGGGAAAGUAUUUAUCACUGUUUCUAGGGCAGAAUCCUCUCCCCACAAUUCAACAAGAAAAAGAAACCAAACCACGAACCAUUCACACAGUGGAAAAGGAGAGGGAAGAAAGAAAAACCCCACUGCUACAAGGUAGUGGGUAGGGCUAACAGUUAUGAAGAACAGACAAAUUUAUCUUCAUGUACAGAAUUAAACUUUCAGCAAAAUCUGCUGUCAGAAUUACAGGCAUGUUUAAAAGGAAAGUUAGACAUUUGCAUUUCAUGAGAUAUUCAAGUCACAUUCAAAAGAUGCUCACAGCACAGAGGCUUCACUACCACAAUUUGGCACUUUCAGCUAGAACAGUUUCUUAACACAGAUUUUCUCAGUGCUCACACUUCUGCAGCAUCCAUGAGCUGAAAGAACUGCUAUCAUCUCUAGCUAUGACGCUAUGCUGGAAUGCAUAUAAAGUGCUUCAGAAGCCACUCCCAUUGCCGAGCAUUCAUGA